AAAAUUCUCAAAUCGCAAAUCUCCUUUUGUCAGUCCCCUCUCUCUGUGACGCCCCCAAAAUGUUGCGACAUGGUUCACGAUCCCUCUUCAACCGAGCUUCCGCCUCAUCCAUGAGGUGGCGCCGCCAGUUUUCUACCGAUCUACCUGCGGAGACUGCCGAAGACACCAAGUUUGUGGAAUCAUGGAAGAAAAUGAAUCCGAAUAUGGACCCGCCGAAAACCCCAUCGGCCUACAUGAAGCCUCGACCACCCACCCCGGCCAACAUUCCGUCCAAGCUCACUGUCAAUUUGGUGCUUCCUUAUGAUUCUGUCUUAUCUUCCAAAGAGGUUGAUAUGGUCAUAGUACCAGCAACUACGGGACAAAUGGGUGUUUUACCUGGUCAUGUAGCUACAAUUGCGGAGCUAAAACCUGGGAUACUGUCAGUUCAUGAAGGCAAUGAUGUGACCAAAUAUUUCCUCAGCAGCGGGUUUGCUUUUAUCCAUGCAAACUCUGUUGCAGAUAUAAUUGCUAUUGAGGCCACACCUGUAGACCGCCUGGACCCAAAUUUGGUUCAGAAAGGCCUCGCAGAUUUUCAACAAAAGCUAAACACAGCAUCAACCGAUGUGGAGAAAGCUGAAGCACAAAUCGGCAUAGAUGUACACAGCGCUCUCAAUGCCGCCCUUACAGGUUAAAUUUACAGCAUAAUCGAUUGAUUUAUUUUUGCUUAUGCGGAUUCUUUUUGUCUCCCUUUUUUCAAGACCUUAUGCUUGUUGAUCGAACUUUUAGAUCUCUGAGUUUUAUAUAAAGGGAUUUCUGAAUAAAUACUGGGUCUGAUGCAUUUCCCUUAACUUGUGAUCUAGUGGUUGUAACCAUGAAACAAAUUUACAAUUGGAUGGUCUCCUUUUAAGGUCAUCUGUUGUAAUUUUAACUAUGUGAGUUUAUGUUGGAGCUUUUCUAUUUUGUGGUCAA